UGCACUUUGCCCGUGCUCAGACGUUCACUCUGCAGGAAAAAAAUUGAGGGGAAGAUCAUGAGCGACGUGGCUUUUGAUGUCGUUGUGGUCGGCUCCUGCAUGACUGACUUGGUGAGCCAGGCACCAAGGCUACCAAAAGCAGGAGAAACCAUCCAUGGUCACAAGUUCUUCAUUGGCUUUGGAGGAAAAGGAGCAAACCAGUGCAUUCAGGCAGCUAGACUAGGGGUUAAAACUGCCAUGAUCUGCAAGGUUGGUAAAGACUUCUUUGGAGAGAAUUAUAUCCAGAAUUUCAAGGACAAUGAUGUACACACAGACUUUGUUUGGCAGACUUCAGACGCAGCCACGGGAGCUGCUUCAAUCACCGUCAACGAUGCAGGUGAAAAUGCUAUUGUGAUUGUGGCUGGUGCCAACCUGCUUUUGGGUGAAGAGGAACUACAGCAAGCUCUUCCUGCAAUCACAAAAGCAAAAGUGUUGGUGUGUCAGCUGGAGAUCAGUACACAAACUUCCUUAACGGCUCUGCAAAUGGCUCAUGACAACAAAGUGAAGACAAUCUUCAACCCCGCGCCGGCUGUCCCUGACUUGGAUCACAGUUUCUACAGGGUCUCUGAUGUGUUUUGCUGUAAUGAGUCUGAGGCAGAGCUGCUGACCGGCUACUCGGUGAAUAAUGUGGAGGACGCUCAUCGUGCCGCUGAGGAGCUGCUGAGGCGAGGCUGUGCAGCGGUCAUCAUCACUUUGGGACCCCAAGGCUGUGUGGUGCUCAAGGCACAGGAUAAAACUUCAACACAUGUGCCAUCUACUGCAGUCAAAGCAGUGGACACAACAGGAGCUGGAGACAGCUUCAUCGGAGCGCUGGCGUUUUACAUGGCUCACCACCCCGCCAUGCCUCUGGAGGACAUGGCGCGCAAAGCCAAUCAGGUGGCGGCGGUGAGCGUGCAGGCUGCUGGCACCCAGACGUCCUUCCCGUUCAAACGGGACCUGCCUGCUGAGCUGUUCUGAGACGUUUGGACCGCAUCCUAAUUUAAUGAACUGUCUGAUGGGAAGAGCUAAUCUAAAAAAAAAAAAAAAAAAAA